GUAGCGUUGCGACAGAGACGGAGAACUCAAACGACAUGAAUGUAGAAAAUAAUAAUACGGCAGAAACAGUGAGCGAGCAAACGGAUCACGGCAACAACAUCGUCACAAUUCAAACAACUCUCGGAGAUGAAGAUGAAGAUGUCCACAAGUGCGGACGCUGCCAGUCCGAGUUUUGUACGCUGGAGGCAUUCAUCCAGCACAAGCUUCAGCAGAACUGCACGCGGGCACAGGAACCCCAGGUGCCCGUCAAUAAACCCCGAGAUGACAACCAAAAGGUGUUUGCCCCAGAUGGAACCUCUGCUACCUUGACAAGAAUGGAUGGAAGUGGACUGUCUUCAGAUGAACCAGACAAGUCCAACAACAACGGUGAGGUAGAAGUUGAAGGCCACUCCUCUCGAAGUCGCAGGAAGAGGGGUGGCACAGGGAAGGCAACUGUCCAAACAGAGGGGACCGAGGCCCACAGCCCUGACGGUGCAGACAAGCCAGUCUACAGGGUCAACAAAGAUGGACGCUACAUUUGCCAAACAUGUGAGAAGACAUUCAAAACGACAAACAUCCUGAGAACCCAUAUGAUCACCCACAGUGAGAAUAAGAAUUUCCCCUGCGAGCUCUGUGGGAGUGCCUUCCGCACCAAAGGCUCCCUGAUUCGUCACAACCGCCGUCACACAGACGAGCGCCCGUACCACUGUAACCUGUGUGGGCUCUCCUUCAGGGAGUCAGGGGCUCUGACCAGACAUCUCAAGUCCAUCACCCCAUGCACUGAGAAGAUCCGCUUCAACCAGUACAAGGAGAUCCUCGUCAGCAAGGACGGACAGCAGAAAGGAGUAGAGGCAGAGGCCGCCUCAUUGGCUGCUCAGCAGGAAGUGGAGCAGCAGGAGGAAGAGGAAGCGCAGGCGGCAGUGGUCAGCGUGGUGGAGACUGACAGCGGAGGACAGGAAGUCAUCCACGAGGUCCACUUCCACAUGGAGGUAGAGGGAGAAGGGCAGGAACAGCAGGUUAUCUUGGACCAGGCUCAGGCAGAUGCCCUGGUGGCCGAGGGGGACAACCUCAUCUGCCAGGCCAUCAUCAACUCUGGCAUCGCCCUGGAGGCAGUCACUGAGGAGGUGGAGGAGGCCGAGGAGCAGGCACUGGACGGGAUGCCUAAAGAGGUCCUGCAGGUCAGGGACAUGGAGGGCAGGAUGACAGAGAUCCAGGUGAUGGAGGAGUGUGUGGAGAUGGAGGCUGAGGAGAUGGUGGACAUAUCUGACAAGCAGGAGGAUCUGCCGCCGUCUAAAAGUCACAAGUGUCCUCACUGCAGUCGCUCCUUUAAGGCGCUCAACUACCUCCGCUUCCAUGUCAAAGGUCACCUCGGCUGCAAGCCCUUCAAGUGUGUGAUGUGUCAGAAAGAGUUCCUGACAGGCUACCUGUUGAAGAAGCACAUGGAGGUCCACCUGAGUGAGAGGCGGUAUAAGUGUGGUGAGUGCGGCAAGCUGUACAAGACCAUCGGACAUGUCCGGGAACACAUGAGGGCCCACUCGGAGGAACGGCCGUACAACUGCAACAGCUGUGACAAGGGAUACAAGACCAAGAAUGCCUUGCAGGUGCACCAGCGGACGCACGCCCAGGAGAAGCCGUACGUGUGCCAGUUCUGCUCGCGGGGCUUCAGGGAGAAGGGCUCUCUAGUGCGCCACAUCCGCCAUCACACCGGAGAGAAGCCCUUCAAGUGUCACAAGUGUGGGCGGGGCUUCGCUGAGCAUGGCACCCUCAACCGCCAUUUACGUGCCAAAGGUGGCUGUUAUGCUGGCCAGAAGGAGGGGUCUGGGGAGGAAGGCAUGCUGGUCUCAGAGGAGCAGGUGUCUGCAGACAGCCUGGCCACAGCAGCCAUCAUGUCAGACGACCCCCACGCUGUGCUGGUAGAGUUCUCCUCUGUGGUUGCUGACACCCAGGAAUACAUCAUUAGGGCCCCAGGAGUGGAGGAGGAGGAGGAGGAGGAAGAGGGGCAGGGCGAGGAGGUGACUCUCAUCCAAGACAACCAGAAUCAGAUGGGCAACCACAUCAUGAAGGUGGUGCAGCAGAUCGUCAACCAAUCACGUGGUGGCAUCGGCGGCCACCAAAUCAUUGUGCGCAAUGUCUCCAUGGACGAGGGCACAUCCAUCUCCGACUGUGGCGACACCAUCACCAUAGCGACGCCUGAGAACCUGACCGCGCAGGUCGCCAUGACCCUGGCCUCAGCCAUCAGCGACGGAACCCUUCUGGCAGGAGGCGGCGCACUGGAAACGCCCGAUGGCACGGUCACCAUGGUAACAACAUCGGGGAGCGAGGACAUGGUCGAGGUGAUGGAACAACAGCAGCAGGAGGAGGAGUUUGUUAUUACGUCAUCGGAGGAGGUGGAGAUCCAGACAGUCAUUAUAUGAUUGAUUUGUGUUAUGAAGUGUCUUAUGAAAACUCAGGACUUUGCAUGAGUUAUGAAUACGGUGUGUUUUUAUAAGAACAGAAUGUCUUAUGAAGAGUUUCUUAUGAGAACUCAGGACUUUGAAUGGGAACAUUGGUCUAUGUUUGAGGAGUUAGCUUGUAUUAUGGACAGUUUGCAUGAGGACUGUCGUUGUAUAAGGUUGAAAUAUUCUGUUUGUAUAAAGUUUGACAUUUUAUUUGACAGUAUUAGUCCAUUUCUAUUGGGUAAGGAUUGCAAUCAAUUAUUGGAAGAGUAUUAUGUCUUAAGUCACUGAAGUAAGGAGGACUGAAGUGUAAGUUUUACUUGGACAGGAGUGGAGCUGCCUUCAUUUUAGUACACUUAACUGUAAUGUCAUUGGUUGUCAACACUGCGCAACCAAUCACAAGGUACGAACAGUAAGCUUAUAGUGAGGUCACAGGAGCUCAAGUACUUAAAAGCCCUAGAAUGUUCACUGUUUCUGUUACACUUAGACAUUACACCAGGAGAUGCCAACUUUAUAAAAUACCCCCCCCCCCCCUUAAUUAAAACAAUUAUACUACCUAAUGACUGGAGUUGUUUACCUUGGACAGAUUCAUUCUAAAAUAUUCUGUUAUGCUUGACCAUAGACUUAAAAUGCUUUAGUGAUUGUUCGUGAGAGUCUCUGGAUUGUAUUCAUUAGGGCAUACCAUAUUAAAACGUUUGGCAACGGAAAAAACUAAAUGAGCAUUUCUUAUUAGACUAUUUCUACUCUUGGUUGCCCAGUGAAUAUGACUGUGAUCUGAUGCUGUUGGACUGUACUGCUGAUAUGUGUCUCCAUUACACAUCACCCUUACAGUAGACGGACAGACUCCUCACUACUGCCAAAUGCUGUGAUCUAUUACUUGACUGGCUCCGUUUGCGUGGAAUGAAUAAAUGCUACUUUCAGUACAA